CUGCCUCUCGUGGCAGCGCCUGGCGCUGUCUCCUCCCUCUCCCCCCACCCGCGAGCCUGCAGGUUCCUCAGCCGGCCCAGGCCGGGCCAGUGUCAGUCAGGGAGGCGGACUGCUGAGCACUGGGUGCAGACGCUCCCUUGCAGUCUCGUUCAGGGGCCGGUGCCUGCACUCGCGCCGCCGGGUGGGAAGGAUGAAGCCGCAGCUACAGCAGCCACCCUAUGAUUGGCUGUGGCUCUUGUGAACCCGAAGUAAAGAUGGCGGGCGGGCAGGCAGCCGCCGCACUGCCCACUAGGAAGAUGGCGGCGCGCCGCAGCCUCAGCGCCCGCGGCCGGGGGGUACUGCAGGCGGCGGCGGAACGGCUGCUGCCGCUGCUGCUGCUGAGCUGCUGCUGCGGCGCGGGAGGCUGCGCCGCGGCGGGCGAGAACGAAGAGACGGUGAUCAUCGGGUUACGGCUGGAGGACACGAACGACGUGUCGUUCAUGGAAGGGGGGGCGCUGCGGGUGAGCGAGCGGACUCGGGUCAAGCUGCGGGUGUAUGGGCAGAACAUCAACAACGAGACGUGGUCCCGCAUCGCCUUCACCGAGCACGAGCGGCGGCGCCACAGCCCCGGCGAGCGCGGGCUGGGGGGCCCCGCGCCGCCGGAGCCGGACAGCGGCCCCCAGCGCUGCGGCAUCCGCACGUCAGAUAUCAUCAUCUUGCCCCACAUCAUUCUCAACCGCCGGACCUCGGGCAUCAUUGAGAUAGAAAUAAAACCGCUGCGGAAGAUGGAGAAGAGCAAGUCCUAUUACCUGUGCACAUCGCUGUCCACGCCGGCCCUGGGCACCGGCGGCCCGGGGUCCGCGGGUGGCACCGUCGGGGGCAAGGGCGGCUCCGGGGUGGCCGGGCUUCCGCCGCCCCCGUGGGCUGAGACCACCUGGAUUUACCACGACGGCGAGGACACCAAAAUGAUCGUGGGCGAGGAGAAGAAGUUCCUGCUGCCCUUCUGGCUGCAGGUGAUCUUUAUUUCGUUGCUCCUGUGCCUGUCGGGCAUGUUUAGCGGCCUCAACCUGGGGCUCAUGGCCCUGGACCCGAUGGAGCUGCGCAUCGUGCAGAACUGCGGCACCGAGAAGGAGAAGAAUUACGCCAAGCGCAUCGAGCCCGUGCGCCGGCAGGGCAACUACCUGCUGUGCUCGCUGCUGCUGGGCAACGUGCUGGUCAACACCACGCUCACCAUCCUGCUGGACGACAUCGCCGGCUCGGGCCUGGUGGCCGUGGUGGUCUCCACCAUCGGGAUCGUCAUCUUCGGGGAGAUCGUGCCCCAGGCCAUCUGCUCCCGGCACGGCCUGGCCGUGGGAGCCAACACCAUCUUCCUCACCAAGUUUUUCAUGAUGAUGACCUUCCCCGCUUCUUACCCAGUCAGCAAGUUGCUGGACUGCGUCCUGGGCCAGGAGAUAGGCACCGUCUACAACCGGGAGAAGCUGCUGGAGAUGCUGCGGGUCACAGACCCCUACAACGACCUGGUGAAGGAGGAGCUGAACAUCAUCCAAGGGGCGCUGGAGCUGCGCACCAAGACGGUGGAGGACGUGAUGACUCCCCUCCGGGACUGCUUCAUGAUCACCGGGGAAGCCAUUCUGGACUUCAACACCAUGUCGGAGAUCAUGGAGAGCGGCUACACGCGCAUCCCCGUGUUCGAGGGAGAGCGCUCCAACAUUGUGGACCUCCUCUUUGUUAAAGACUUGGCCUUCGUGGAUCCAGAUGACUGUACUCCCCUGAAAACCAUCACUAAAUUUUAUAACCACCCCUUGCACUUUGUUUUCAAUGACACCAAGUUGGACGCUAUGCUGGAAGAAUUUAAGAAAGGUAAAUCUCACCUGGCUAUUGUGCAGCGAGUUAACAAUGAGGGAGAGGGGGAUCCAUUUUAUGAAGUCCUGGGAAUUGUCACCUUAGAAGAUGUGAUUGAAGAAAUCAUCAAAUCGGAGAUUCUGGAUGAAACAGAUUUAUACACGGAUAACAGAACGAAAAAGAAAGUGGCCCAUCGUGAAAGAAAGCAAGAUUUUUCUGCCUUUAAGCAGACAGACAGCGAGAUGAAGGUUAAAAUAUCACCACAGCUUCUCUUGGCCAUGCACCGUUUCCUAGCAACAGAAGUAGAAGCAUUUAGCCCAUCCCAGAUGUCAGAGAAGAUCCUUCUAAGGCUGCUAAAGCACCCCAAUGUCAUCCAGGAACUGAAGUAUGAUGAGAAGAACAAGAAAGCCCCAGAAUACUACCUCUACCAGCGCAACAAACCUGUAGACUACUUCGUUCUCAUUUUGCAGGGGAAGGUGGAAGUAGAAGCUGGGAAAGAAGGUAUGAAGUUUGAAGCCAGUGCUUUUUCGUAUUACGGCGUCAUGGCCCUCACGGCCGCCCCAGUUCCUUUGUCCCUGUCUCGUACCUUUGUUGUCAGCAGGACAGAGUUGUUAGCAGCAGGUUCUCCAGGUGAAAACAAGUCCCCUCCUCGCCCGUGUGGCUUGAAUCACUCAGACUCUCUCAGUCGAAGUGACCGGAUUGAUGCAAUCACACCUUCGCUGGGGAGCAGCAAUAAUCAGCUCAACUCUUCGUUCCUUCAAGUCUACAUCCCUGACUACUCAGUGCGCGCCCUUUCUGAUCUCCAGUUUGUUAAGAUCUCAAGACAGCAAUACCAAAAUGCCUUGAUGGCAUCCCGGAUGGACAAAACUCCUCAGUCUUCAGACAGUGAAAACACUAAAAUUGAAUUGACUCUUACGGAGCUGCACGACGGGUUGCCAGACGAGACGGCCAACCUGCUCAAUGAACAGAACUGUGUGACGCACACCAAGGCCAAUCACAGCCUACACAACGAAGGCGCCAUCUAGGGCGCCCCCAGGCCCCUCCCCCAAAUCCUGGGCCAGGCCACAGGCCUCGCCUGUCUGACAGUGAAUCCCGUUAGUGUGAGCUUGUGUGCCAUGCUGCGUCCUGCAACAUCCUGAGACCAAAGACUUUGUCCCCUUCCUGGGAGCAGCAGAGGAGGUCGGUGAGGGCAGGAGUGGAAACGAGGGCUGGGGUUUGACGUUUGAGAUUUUGGAAAUGAACUUCCACCCAAAUAGAAUCAUGUUUAUUUUUUCAGCUGCACCUUUUGUUAUUCACUCUCCUCCUCCUUUGAUUUGCAUGAAGUUGAAAAUUGUUGGGAUUUAUUUUUUUCAAGAGAUCAUGUUUUUAGAGUGUCUUUUGCAGAGUUUUAAGUUGUCCUGCCUGAACUCUGCUUUGACCUCAUGAUGUGACCCCAAUAGGAUGGACUUGCCCCUCAGUGGCCUUCCGUGGCCCCUCCAGGGCCUUCCGUGGCCCACCCUUCCUCUGUGCCCCAGUGGGUGUCGCUGUCGAACUCGAAGGACAAAUGAAGAAAACCGUGUUGCCGCAGACCUGCCAAGUCUGGGACGUUGCAGGGUGGAGCUUGCACGGGGACCUGCAGCCGCCUCUCUGAGCUCAGUGUUGUUCUAAGUUAAUGUUUAACUGUGUCCCUUUCCCUCAGAAAGGUUUAACAUGUGCUUGGAAUGUGAUUUUGCUCCCACUCGUAAGGAAUUUUUAUCACCAAAAUGAAUGUUAAUGAAUUUUAAA